CCCUUGCUAUCUUGCCAAAUUAACCACGCAAAUGAAAGAUACCGUUCGUUUCAACCCACUACCCGCCAAAAAAAAAACCGGGGUCCCACACAGCAAAAGAUACAUGGCCAUUAGCCGCGCUCCUUACCCUCGCUAGUUUGUAGUCUCUACACAUUUAUUGACUGAACAUGUCGCCGUUGGUAUCGAUCUCCGGUGGCGGAAGACUUCCGAUCGUACUUACCACAUCCACAAUAGCCACGACUUCUUUCCGACGCUUUUCAACUUCAUUUGCUUCUCUGGCAUCACCACAAUCUCCAUCACCUCCGCCGCAACCCAAGUCACAGUCAAACAUAUCUUCCUCUAAAACACCUUUUCCCGUCGAUUCGUCUUCCAAAGCUUCUGAUAACAACUUGAAUUACGCGUUCGCAAACCCUAACGGAAGUAAUCCUGCUUUGCAGUCUGUGAGGUCAACAGAGUCCAACAUUGAAAAGGUGAUAUUUGACUUCCGAUUUUUGGCACUUUUCGCAGUUGCAGGCUCUUUAGCUGGCUCCUUAUUAUGCUUCCUAAAUGGUUGUGUUUAUAUUGUUGAUGCAUAUAAAGUCUACUGGACAAGCUGUUCGAAAGGAGUUCAUACAGGAAAGAUGGUGUUGCGUUUAGUUGAAGCGAUAGAUGUUUAUCUAGCUGGCACAGUGAUGCUGAUAUUUGCAAUGGGUUUGUAUGGAUUAUUCAUCAGUAAUGCACCUGGUAAUGUAGCACCAGCUGAUGAUCGUGCUCUCAAAGGAUCCACCUUGUUUGGGAUGUUUGCUUUGAGGGAGCGACCAAAAUGGAUGAAGAUAAGUUCGCUUGAUGAAUUAAAGACAAAAGUGGGACAUGUCAUUGUAAUGAUUCUUCUAGUAAAAAUGUUUGAGAGGAGCAAAAUGGUGACCAUAGCAACUGGAUUAGAUCUUUUAAGCUACUCGGUUUGUAUAUUCCUAUCAUCGGCUUCUUUGUAUAUUCUUCACAAUCUUCACAAAGAUGAACCCAUAUAAUUAACUUGGUACAAAUGGAAUGACAAAUAUGUUGGUAGAACGAUUCAUGUGUAUUGUUACUUGGAGUUAUAGUUUAGCUAAAAGGAAAUUAUAUAUGCAUUACUUGUAAAUUUUUAUCUUCUAUGAAGUCUUGCUUCUUGUAUAUUUGGGUCUAGUCGGCUACACUUG